CCACCGCCCCCACCGGGGCCCAGCGCACUGCCUCGCACGGUGGCAGCGGCUCCUCUUCCUCCUCCUCUUCGUUUUUCGCUUUUGGCCCAACAGCCGCCACCAUUGUUACCGGCUCUGCAGCCGCUUCGACAGCCGCCAUCUUCCCGGAAACCCGGCAGCACGUCAGCCGCGCCCCCCCUGCUGCUAUGGCAACGGCGUGUUGGCCUGAACCCCAGAGGAGUGGUGGGCGGAGCCUGAAGUUCCGAAGUCCCCGAGGGUGCCCUUUCCCAGGGGAUUUAAUUCAGGACAAUAAUGUUUUAUUGAGCACCUAUUGUGAAUCAGACACUGAGCACACAGCUUUGGAGAAACAGGUGAAUGAUACCGGGGAAAAGUCAUUCCCUGCGUGUAGCGUCUAGGGCAGCUUUUGCCCUGGUUCCAGCAGAUGGAUUGUCUAUUCCUAGUCUGUGCGUUUCUGAAGACCCCAGGGUGAAGGGCUGCAAGGAUUAAGCUCUCCCAGAGUAUCUCCAGAGUGCAGAUCCCUUGGCUGCCAGGUCAUGUUCUCUGUUCCUCUCAACUGUUUUCCCGACCAUAUAAGGGGAGGCAGCUGCUGGGGGCGUCCCCAGGAUCUAAAGAUAGCGGCCCCUGCCUGGAACUCUAAAUGCCACACUGGAGCGGGAGCCGCAAUGGCACGGCAGCACGCCCGGACCCUGUGGUAUGACAGGCCCAAGUAUGUGUUCAUGGAGUUUUGUGUUGAGGACAGCACCGAUGUCCACGUGCUUAUUGAGGAUCACCGCAUUGUGUUCAGCUGCAAGAAUGACGAUGGAGUGGAGUUGUACAAUGAGAUUGAGUUCUAUGCCAAAGUGAACUCCAAGGACUCCCAGGAUAAGCGCUCUUCCCGCUCUAUUACUUGCUUUGUGAGGAAAUGGAAGGAAAAGGUGGCCUGGCCCCGGCUUACCAAGGAGGAUAUCAAGCCAGUGUGGCUGUCUGUGGACUUUGAUAACUGGAGAGACUGGGAAGGGGAUGAAGAGGUGGAGCUGGCUCAGGUGGAACAUUAUGCAGAGCUUUUGCAGAAGGUCAGCACCAAGAGACCUCCACCUGCCAUGGAUGAUUUGGACGAUGAUUCUGACAGUGUGGACGCAACAAGUAAUUAACUUUCUACUACAGCAAAGCUGGGAAGGCGGCUGUGGCUAUUUUCCAGUUGUUCUGGAAAGCUAGCGCCUAGGCCUUUGUCAGCGCUUUGGCUGUGCACCAAGUUCCUCUGACACCUCUGAACUUUCCUAGAAGCUCUUUAUUAAGGGUCGUCCUUCAAGCUUGUCUUCCUUCUAGGCACUUGACUAUGGCCUCACAUCAGAUGCAGGGUCAGGGAGGGGUAGACUGGUAGGGCCUCGGAUUUCUUACUGAUUGGUUUAUAAUCUCUGUGUUUAGGCCACUUGAUUAUUUGAGUAUGUGUGUGUAUGUGGCAAAACAAAAGCCGAAGAAGAAUGGAGAUUAUAGAAAUCUCUAUUAUGUGUGCAUAUGGGGAAAGCAAAAAGCCAAAGAAGAAACAGAUUAUAAUAAAUCUCUAGGAACUGUUCUCUGUCUGUUUCCUUAUUGUACUUACUCCUCCUGGUGGCAAGCCUCUUCUCCCUCUAGUAACCAAGCUAGGGUGGUUCCUCUUGCCCAGAUUUGUGCUCUGAUUUCUUACAGCUAAUUCUGUCAUCUCUAGAGCCAGCCACUUCAGCUUCCUGCACACUCUAGAAAUCUCUUUAUACUUUUUUUUUCCCCCCAAGAUGGAGUCUUGCUCUGUUGCCCAGGCUGGAGUGCAGCGGCAUGAUCUCAGCUCACUGCAACCUCCGCCUUCUGGAUUCAAGCAAUUCUCCUGCCUCAGCCUCCCAAGUAGCUGGGACUACAGACGUGCACCACCAGACUCAGCUAAUUUUUGUAUUUUUCACCCGAGAUGGGGUUUCACCAUGUUGGCCAGGCUGGUCUUGAACUGCUAACCUCAAGUGAUCCACCCACCUCAGCCUCUCAAAGUGCUAGGAUUACAUGUGUGAGCCACCACACCCGGCCCUCUUUAUACUUUUAAAACUGAUUGUUACUCUAGUUAAUGUCUAUGUUUAUUUGUCCAUUCAACAGCUAUUCCAUUUGUCCAUAAAUAUUUUUUGAGUGCCUAAUAUGUACAACUGACUAUAACUUAAACAAAAUAAAUGCAUUGCCUACAGACUUUGCUCUUGAA